AGCCCAGUCUCUCUCCAUCACCUCUUUGUUUAUUCUCCUUUUCCUCUCUCUCCCUGCCCUUUGUCUUUUCACCUUCCUGCUCUUUUGGGUUUCUGCCCAUUUCUGCCCCUUGAUGCCAGUUUUCCCCUCUGCCUCCCCUUCCCCCACCCCCGGUGGCUUUUAUGUCUGUGCCUCACCCUGUGCAGGGUCCUUUGCUCCUCUCGGCUCUGGGUCUCUGCCUCUCCCCUUGGCACUGCAUGUUUUUCCCUCUUCGUUCUGCUAGGAUUUGACUCCUGCGCCGGCUUCCCUGCCUCAGCCUACCCUCUGCUUGGAAGACUCCAGGGAAACUUUGGCUGGGGAGGACCCAGGGCUUUUCCCGUAGCCAGAUUUGAGGAAGGUUUUGGUGGCUCAAAUUUGGGAGGAGUCCGUGGGGUCAACAGGACUUCAGAGAGAGGAGGAAGCUCACUAUGGCUCCAGUCCCCUGGCCAUGCUGACGGCGGCGUGCAGCAAAUUUGGUGGCACCAGCCCUCUGCGGGACUCAACGACACUGGGCAAAGCAGGCGCAAAGAAGCCAUACUCUGUGGGCAGUGACCUUUCAGCCCCCAAAACCAUGGGGGAUGCCUACCCAGCCCCCUUUUCAAGCACCAAUGGGCUCCUCUCACCUGCAGGCAGUCCUCCGGCACCCACCUCGGGCUAUGCCAAUGACUACCCUCCCUUUUCCCACUCAUUCCCUGGGCCCACCGGCACCCAGGACCCUGGGCUGCUAGUUCCCAAGGGCCACAGCUCUUCUGACUGCCUGCCCAGUGUCUACACCUCUCUGGACAUGGCACACCCCUACGGCUCCUGGUACAAGGCAGGCAUCCACGCAGGCAUCUCACCGGGCCCAGGCAACGCUCCUACUCCUUGGUGGGACAUGCAUCCUGGGGGCAAUUGGCUAGGUGGUGGGCAGGGUCAGGGUGAUGGGCUGCAAGGGACACUGCCCACAGGCCCUGCUCAGCCUCCGCUGAACCCCCAGCUGCCCACCUACCCAUCCGACUUUGCCCCCCUUAAUCCAGCUCCCUACCCAGCUCCCCACCUCCUGCAACCAGGGCCCCAGCACGUCUUGCCCCAAGAUGUCUAUAAACCCAAGGCAGUGAGCAACAGCGGGCAGCUGGAGGGGAGCAGUGGGGCCAAACCCCCUCGGGGCGCAGGCACAGGGGGCAGUGGCGGAUACGGAGGCAGCGGAACGGGGCGCUCCUCCUGCGACUGCCCCAACUGCCAGGAGCUAGAGCGCCUGGGGGCAGCGGCAGCUGGGCUGCGGAAGAAGCCCAUCCACAGCUGCCACAUCCCCGGUUGUGGCAAGGUGUACGGCAAGGCCUCACACCUGAAGGCCCACUUGCGCUGGCACACGGGCGAGAGGCCCUUCGUCUGCAACUGGCUCUUCUGCGGCAAGAGGUUCACCCGUUCGGACGAGCUGGAGCGCCACGUGCGCACCCACACCCGGGAGAAGAAGUUCACCUGCCUGCUCUGCUCCAAGCGCUUUACCCGAAGCGACCACCUGAGCAAGCACCAGCGUACCCACGGCGAGCCCGGCCCAGGGCCCCCUCCCAGCGGCCCCAAGGAACUGGGGGAGGGCCGCAGUGCGGGGGAAGAGGAGGCCAGUCAGACGCCCCGACCUUCGGCUUCGCCGGCCCCCCCAGAGAAAGCCCCUGAAGGCAGUCCAGAGCAGAGCAACCUGCUGGAGAUCUGAGCUGGGUGGAGGGUCUCCAGCCCCAGGGCUGCCUCGCCAGCCUCUUCUGGCUUCGUGGACCACUGCUUGCCCCUCACCCCCUUUUGCCCCUUGCAUGCUGCCCUUGGGGCUCUUGCCGGCUCCCCCCUGGCCAUUCUGGGCCUGGGGGUCUCCCAGCAUGCCUCCUCAGCUCACCCCUCCCUAUGCCUCGAGCCUGUAGUGCAAACUCUCAUCUCAGGCCCUCACCUCGUGCCUGAUUUCUGCACUCUGGCUUCCUAAGUUCUUCCCUCGCUCCUGCUCACGGCUUCCCUCUCCUCUGCUCUCACAGCAUCAUCUCAUUUUCCUUCCAUCUGGGCUCUCAACGCUUUAUUUCUCCAUCUCACUAACUCCUUAACAAACAUCCUUUGUCAAGAUCAGCUUCCCAGGCUGAUUUCCCACUAUCACUUAGCUUCCAGGCUCCAGUCUUCCCAAUUUCUUAUUCCACUAGCUUUCCAUGCUCCAGAGCGUUCUUUUUUGUUUGUUUGUUUUUUGGGUUUUUUUUUUUUUUUUUACAAACACAUGAUGAUGAUGAUGAUGAUGAUGAUAAUUUAUUGCCCCCUGGUGGCCUCUUUAUUAGGGACCAGAGUUAGGGGGAUUGGGGUUAGUGACCUGGCAGGGAGCAGGGUGCCAAAAGUGGGGCAGACCAGUGGGGAUCUGAUCCCAGAGAUGGGGUGACCCCAGGGUCAGGGAGGCUGCCCCCAGGCCUGUAUAUUUAACCCCUAUGUUCCAAGAGAAAUGAAUACUAAUAAUAAUAAUUCUAUUUAUCUAAGUUAUGAUGACAGGUCAGGUAGAGUGAGCUGGGGAGGGAAGGAGGUCCAUUUCUGCUAUGGAAAUUUUAGCUAAAUGUAUCUCUGUUUAGAAAAAGUGUUAGUGGAGAUCUUGUUAAUAGAAUUUCUAUCAUCAGGGUCUCAGUUAAUGGGGUUUCUCUUUUAAUGGAAUCUCUGCUAAUAGGGUUGGUUAGCUAGAUCUCUGUUAAAGAGUUGAUGGGGGGGUGUCUCUCAGUUAGGGAUCCCUAGUAUUCCCAGCCCCAGCCAGAAGCUGUGAAACCUCAAGCCCUAUGGAGGGGAGGACUGGAAUGUACCCCAGCUCCCUUGACCCCAGAGCAGGUUCUUCCACUGCCCCUCCCCUGACACCAUGACCCCGGCAGGCUAAUCCCUUGUUGCCAUGGUUAUGGAGAGCUUGCAGCUGCCAUCCUGGACACGCUUUUUUGUGGAAGCCCACCUAACAGGAGGAGCACAAUGGUUUGGAUGUGCCUCUCCUAAAGAAUAGGUGGGGAAGGCUUUCUCUGGGAUCAGAUUCAAGUAAAUCAAGUAUUUAUUGAGUGCCUAUUCUGUACAAGGCACUACUAGGCUGGUGCCUAAAAGCCAUGAGAAAGAAUUUAUAGAGCUAGGAGGACAGAGGUCCCCAAGCAGAUUUGGGGUUGCGUCCACAGGGCCCUCAACCUGGGACUUCCAAUGCUCCCAACUCCACCUCUGGUGACUUUUAAAGCCGCUUCGUGCCUUUGAAUGCCUUUCCUGUGACUUUGGAUCCUCCUUUUCUGUCUCCUGCUUCCUCAAGGCCCCAAGUUAAAGGGUUAAAGCCUCUGGAGCUUGGGGAGAGGGUAAUAUUGGGGAAGGGAAAGGAUCAUGCCCUCAU